AUGGUAGAAGGAAUAAUAAUUUGGGUCUGUGUUAGAAACCCUAAACAAUCGCCACUGGUUAAGGAGUGCAAGCCUGUGUGACAGCACAGGUCUAGGCUAUCUGCUUGGUUGGACUUCGCUUUUGGAUAGUGGAUAGUUUCAUUUCAUGUCUGAAUCAGACGCACAGCUUCCUACUGCCUUUGUUGCUGAUGUUCUAUUGUGGAGGAGGUGGCAUGUUUCCUUGGGUGUCAUUGUUGUUGCUACAAUUGCCUGGAUCCUAUUUGAGUGGACUGGUUUACCAUUUUUAACAAUUUGUUCAGAUGUCUUGCUGAUUUUGAUCGUACUAUUGUUUCUGAAUGCAAACUUUGCUGCCCUAAGGAAUAAACAACCACCAACUCUACCUGAGCUAGUUGUGUCAGAGGAGAUGGUUAAUAAUGUAGCAGCUUCAUUUCGUGUGAAAAUGAAUAACGUGCUCCUUAUGGCUCAUGAUAUCACUAUUGGCAAGGAUUUUAGAGUUUUUUUCAAGGUGGUGGUUUGUCUGUGGCUCUUCUCUGUCAUUGGCAGUGUCAUCUCCUUCUUCACACUUGCAUAUAUUGGAACCCUCAUGAUGAUUACUAUCCCUGCGUUGUACAGCAAAUAUGGAGAUAAUGUAGAUAAAUGGUGUGGAGCUAUACACCACCAAUUUUCAAAACAUUAUAGAAUCGUAGAUGAAAAUGUUUUCAACAGGCUGCCCCGUAAUAUAUCAAAGGACAAAGAGUCUUGAUUUUCAUGGUCUUCCAAUUCAUGUUCCUUUUAUGAAAACUAAUUCCAUUUUGUUGAUGAUUGCGUUGUUUAGAAUCUUGUCACCACCUUGUCUCAUAUGUGAAGGGGGCACUUUUGUAGUUUAGAUGUUGCUCAAGUCAACUGCAUGGAAGCUAUCUUCAUAUUCCGAAUGACAUAGUUUGAGGAUGUUGAAGGUAGCAUUUAUAAAUCAUUUGCUAAAAUAUGUUGAAAAAUGUAUACCCCACCACCGAUAACACCCUCAGGUGAACAAGUGUCCGAAGUAAAUAUUUGAAUAUAUAUUGUCAUUAUUGUUGAUGAAGCUAUUUGGGAUGUUAGUGAACUCUAUUGUUACUUGAUAUACUGGUUGAUAGAAAUUCUCUGUUGUCCUUGGCAGGGGGCACUAGUCUGGAAUAAGUAGUUUGUUACAAUGUAUAAUUUUCAU